AUGCCACCGCAAAAGAGAGCCUAUCCCGAACCAUUGGUUAUCGCGCCUCUAAAGCCUAACCAUACGCACACUCUUAUACUCCUUCAUGGUCGUGGUAGCAAUGCUGAACGCUUCGGUCAUGAGCUUCUGGAGUCUGCAAAGUUGCGUGCCCGACUCCCUACGGUGAAAUUUGUUUUCCCCACAGCAAGCAAGCGGAGAUCCACGGUGCUGAAAAAGACACCCAUCAAUCAGUGGUUUGACAAUUACUCGCUCGAAGACCCUGGCCGUAGAACGGAUCUUCAGGUAGAUGGCCUCUGUCAGACAGCGGAGUUCUUGAGGAAUCUGAUUGCAAUCGAAGCAACGCUUCUCGGCCCAGGGGGUUACGGACGGAUCGUCCUGGGUGGGCUCAGCCAAGGAUGCGCAGCAUCAAUAUUCACCCUGCUGGGUGGGGGAUUCGGACCUGAUGGCAGUGAACAGCUAGGAGGAUUUGUUGGAAUGAGCGGGUGGCUCCCGUUUGAGAGCCAAUUGCAUGAUUUAGCAGAAUCUCACACUUCUGAUAGUGACGGGUUGUCCUUCGGUACGGAAACAGACCCCUUUGCAGGGUCAACGGAUGAUGUUGCUGGGGAGCAGGUCCAAGCGCUCGAGGCUCUUAACCACGUUCGUGAUAUCCUUGAUCUCCCCGCACUGACGAUCCCCAAGGAGUCAGCCUGCAGCCUAGUGGUAGACUACCUUCCAGCUCAUGUUUUCAUUGGCCACGGCGCAGUUGACCCAAAGGUAUCAGUUCAUCUGGGUGAAAAGAUGGCGACCUUUCUCUCGGAUACAUUGCGGAUGCAUGUAACAUGGAAGGCGUACGAAGAUCUCGGCCACUGGUACGGUGUUCCUGAUGAGAUAGAGGACAUUGUUUAUUAUUUGAGGAGAAAGGUUGGGAUCCCAGAAUGUCAGUGA